AUGUCGAGAUUCAGAAAUCUGAUAUCGUCAAACUCCGAAGAGAAGGAUACUUCCGAAAUACAUAGCAUCGAAGAAGGAAACAACGUCUAUGAAAAUGGUAUUGAAACCAUAAACGAUGAAAAGAUAGUCUUCGAUAAAAAGAAACUAGCUCACACAAACCAAUUUAAUGCAGAUAUAAAUUCCAUAACUCAUUCCCUAACAAGAUCAAGGAUAGCCACUCAUCAUGAAGAUGAUCAAGAAGAAGAAGCAGAAGAAGCUCAAUAUCAUGAUACUCAAGUUAAAAGAGCAUUAAAGCAACGUCAUCUUGGUAUGAUCGCUUUGGGUGGUACCAUUGGUACUGGUCUAUUCAUAGGUAUUGCUACUCCAUUAACUAAUUCAGGUCCAGUAGGAUCAUUAAUAGCAUAUCUGUUUAUGGGUUCAAUCAUUUAUUUCAUUACACAAUCUUUAGGGGAAAUGGCAACUUUUAUCCCUGUUACUUCAUCUAUUACAGUUUUCUCAAAGAGAUUCCUAUCUCCUGCAUUUGGGGUUGCAAAUGGGUAUAUGUAUUGGUUUAAUUGGGCUAUUACAUUUGCUGUGGAGAUCUCAGUCGUGGGUCAAGUUAUUGAAUAUUGGACUGAUAAAGUUCCAUUAGCUGCUUGGAUCGCUAUCUUUUGGGUCCUUAUAACUUUGUUGAAUUUCUUCCCUGUUAAAGUUUACGGUGAAAUUGAAUUUUGGAUCGCUUUCAUUAAAGUUCUCGCCAUUAUGGGUUACCUAUUAUAUGCUCUAAUUAUUGUAUGUGGUGGUUCCAGUCAAGGUCCAAUUGGGUUCCGUUAUUGGAGAAAUCCUGGUCCAUGGGGGCCUGGUAUUAUAUCGAAGGAUGUUAACACAGGUAGAUUUCUAGGUUGGGUUUCUUCUUUAAUUAAUGCUGCUUUCACUUAUCAAGGCACUGAAUUAGUCGGUAUCACCGCUGGUGAAGCUGCUAAUCCAAGAAAGACUGUUCCAAGAGCUAUUAACAAGGUUGUUUUCAGAAUUGCUUUGUUCUAUAUCAUGUCAUUAUUCUUUAUCGGUAUGUUAGUUCCUUACAAUGAUGAACGUUUAGCAAGUACUUCUGCUGUUAUUGCUUCUUCUCCAUUCGUUAUCUCUAUUCAAAAUGCUGGUACUAAAGUUUUACCAGAUAUCUUUAAUGCCAUUGUUAUGAUCACUAUUAUUUCCGCAGCAAACUCAAACGUCUAUGUGGGUUCCCGUGUCUUGUAUGCCUUAGCUUUAUCUGGUAAUGCUCCAAAACAAUUCGCAUUUGUCACAAGAUACGGUGUUCCAUACUUAGGUGUCAUUGUUACUUCAGCUUUGGGUCUAUUAGCUUUCUUAGUCGUUAAUAACAAUGCUAAUACUGCUUUCAACUGGUUAAUCAAUAUCUCCACUUUAGCUGGGUUAUGUGCUUGGUUAUUUAUUUCCAUUUCUCAUAUCAGAUUCAUGCAAGCUUUGAAAUUCCGUGGUAUCUCUAGAGAUGAUUUACCAUUUAAGGCUAAAUUGAUGCCAUUUGGUGCUUAUUAUGCAACAUUCUUCGUCACUGUUAUCAUUUUCAUUCAAGGGUUCCAAGCUUUCUCUCCUCAUUGGGAUACUACUGCGUUCUUCACUUCAUAUAUUUCAUUGAUCAUCCUAGCUGUCUUAUUCAUUGGUUGUCAAAUAUUCUACAGAUGUAGAUUCUUCUGGAGAGUAGAGGACAUUGAUAUUGACAGUGAUAGAAGAGAAAUAGAAGCUGUCAUUUGGGAAGAUGAUGAACCAAAGACCCUAUGGGAUAAGUUCUGGGCAGCCGUUGCAUAA